UAACACAGGUUUUUUUGGAUAUACUGGUUAUCUACAGGCAUUUAGUGACACUCACAUGCUUAUGAGCACGUUGGGUGCCGAAAAUGAAGAGUUAACCAUGAAACUGUUGGAUUCCUUAAGAAAAUAUGUAAGAGAUGGAUCAGGCUACAGUUGUGAAGUAUCACGCACGGUUGGUCUCGCCAUCUGCGAAGCAUUUGUGGAAGCUGACAAAGGAAACUUCGAUAAAGCUGUGGCGAUUUUGAAACCUCUACGUUAUAAAGUAGAUGUUAUAGGUGGAAGUGGAGCUCAGCGAGAUGUUUACGAGUUAUUCUUGAUAAAUGCUGCCAUGCACUCGCAGCGAAAAGAGGAUCACCAAUUUGCCAGAUGUCUUAUUGCUGAAAAGAAAGCCAAAAAAGAUAACGCACCCUUGACGGACAGACUUAUGGCACAAGUGCUUUCUCUUUUAUAACAAUAACAUGAAGUGAUCUUUGCCUUACGUCCUUUGACCGUACCAACAUCAGUCAUCAGGACAUCGAACACACCAUCAUGUUGAUCUGCAAAAUUUCUCAACUUGCCUACAUAACCUCAAUUACUAUCACAGCAACCGACGUAAAUUUUUUUACUAGUAACAAAGUACCAGCUAAGGGACCAUUCAAUUUUUAUGAGGUAGUGGGGGCUAGUGGGAUUUUUUGAACUUUCAUUAAAAGUUGCAAGACCCCCCCAGACAGGUAAAUUUUUUCUGUGACCCCCCAUAUCCCAUCUUAAGACAUUACUAAAAUAUUUUACGCGACCCCCCUUUUUGCCUCUU